UUCGGUGCGCUCUUGUCCAUAGAAUUCAUCGCGCGGCAAAUUUGCGCGGGAAACAUCGACGCUGAGUUUGGGUCCGAAGUUCGGACUUGAAGAAUCCCCUGUUUGGUAGCCCGUCGCCGUCGCAGAUUUGUUAAUAAAGAUGAUGGAUUUUCGGGAGUUGUUUAAUCGAUGCAUUCAUCACUGCUCCUGUCCUCCAGCCAAUAUCGGAAUAAAGCUUCGCCGGAAGAACGGGCCGGAGGUAGAAGAUCAGAGGAGAUGGCGACCACCGAGCCGGCGGCGGUGAGGCUAAUCGGCUCUUUCGCCAGCCCGUUCGUGCACCGCGCCGAGGUGGCCCUGCGCCUCAAAGGGGUGCCCUACGAGCUCAUCCUGGAGGACCUGAGCAACAAGAGCGAGCUUCUGCUCCAGCACAACCCCGUGCACAAGCUCGUGCCCGUGCUCCUCCACGGCGACCGGGCCAUCUCCGAGUCGCUCGUCGUCGUCGAGUACGUCGACGAGGCCUUCGACGGGCCGCCGCUCCUCCCCGCCGCCCCCCACGCGAGGGCGGACGCGCGGUUCUGGGCCAACUUCAUCGACCAAAAGUUCGCGAGGCCGUUCUGGAUGUCGUUCUGGACGGACGACGAGGAGCGCAAGAAGGCCUUCGCGAAGGAGGCGAAGGAGAACCUUGCGCUGGUGGAGGCGCAGCUCAAGGGCCGGAGGUUCUUCGGCGGCGACGCCAUCGGCUUCGUGGACAUCGCCGCCUGUGGGCUGGCGCACUGGGUCGGAGUCAUCGAGGAGGUCACCGGAGUAACCCUCGUCAACGGCGAGGAGUUCCCCGCGCUCCGCGAGUGGGCCGACGCCUACGUCAACGACGCCACCGUGAAGCAGUGCUUGAGGAGCAGGGACGAGCUCGUCGCCUAUUUCUCGGCGAGGAAGGAGAUGUACUUGUUGCGAGCCAGGGCUGCUCUGCGCAAGUGAUCUCUGGAUGUCAUGUUUCCUUGAUUUGUUUUAGUUGAAAACAAUAAUGAGUGUAACAAAAUUGCAGCUGGAACAUUCUAUAUACCAGUCUGUUCUGUACUUAUCAUUGUUCA